AUGUCCAUCAUGUCUACCCCCUCCACCUCCUCACGUUCAUCCUCCAGCACCCAAAGCAUGACCCUCGUCGACAGUCCUCCAGCCCAGCCGCCUGCAAGGCCCAGAGAGCGCAAACUGUCCACCUCAAAGCGCCUGGCUGCCGCAGCCACCCAACAUAUUCGAGCCUCACACUUUGGCCCCUCCUUCUUGCAAGACCUUGCUAAGCAGGGAAUGCCUCCGACGUACGAUAAUGCGCGCGACGGAAAGUUCAGGAUUGUUACAGGACCAGAGGCGACUGAGUUGGCCCAGAACUUUUUAAACCGCAAAGGUUCUGGCCUCAGAAAGCCUCAUCAACAGCCGGUUGUUCUUGCCUUGCCUCGUCCCGUAGAAGCAGGAAGAAAGGUGGUGGAUAUGUGGAGGUCGUGGAAGGGCGACGUUAAGACUCAUCGCAAGCAAGGUUCGCCACGCCUCCGACACAUCAUCAUAUCUUCUUAG